UGCAGAAAAACACUCAAAUCCUCCCAUGGCAGCGACCAGAGUGAUCUCCAAUACUACAAUCCAAGCACGAAGCCAUGUUUAUAUGAAUGGCGAUUCACCUGCACGAAUUGAGCUUAAUCCAUGGGAUCUUCGUUUCAUAGUUCUCGAGUAUGGUCAAAAGGGCCUUCUUUUCCACAAACCCACCAUAUCAUCAUCAUCUUCUUCUUCUUCUUCUUCUUCUUCUUCGUAUCACACAGACAAAGUGAUCCAGCACCUUAAGGGCUCUCUUUCUGCCACCCUCAACUUCUUCUUGCCCCUCGCCGGCCGUCUUGCUAUUGUCCCCGACGCCGACAAUGAUGGCAUCUCUUCAGUCUUCAUCACUUGCAACAACGCCGGAGCAAGCUUUGUUCAUGCAAUUGCAGAGAACACUACAACGGCCGACAUCCUCGAACCAACUUAUGUUCCUCCGAUCGUCGAGUCCUUCUUCCCACUUGGCAAAUCGAAAAACUUCGAAGCAACUCAUAUCCCAUUAAUGGCGGUUCAAGUUACGGAGCUUGUGGACGGCAUCUUCAUCGCUUGCUCGAUGAACCAUUGUCUUGUUGAAGUGAGGCCAUACUGGAAUUUCUUGAACACUUGGGCUGAGAUUAGCCGAAAUCGUUUGAACCACUUAGGGUCGGAUUUGAAGCUUGCAUCAUUUGAACGUUGGUUUCCACGUGCUGAUAUUGAACGCCCCAUACGAAUACGAUUUAAACAAAUAAUGGAGGAAUAUUAUCUUGAUGAAUCUGCUUAUUCUCAUCUUUCACCUCCAAUUUCGAAGAGGAUCUUCCACUUUAAAAGACAAAAAAUUGCUGAACUCAAAGCAAAAGCUCUAUCAGAGGUGGUAGACGAUGGUGUGGUCAGCAAUGAAAUCUCCUCUCUGCAAGCUGUCGUCAGCCAUAUUUGGAGAUCUGUGAUAAAAAAUCAGAAUCUUGAUCCCGAAGAAGAAGUCACUUUCAGAUUCCUUGUAUCUGCUAGGUCCAGAAUUUCAAACCCACCAAUUCCCGAAAGCUAUUUCGGAAACACAGUGCAAUUUGCUAGCGUGAUGAUGAAAGUAAGAGACCUGGUGGGUGAUAGAGGACUUGGAAAAUUUGCUUUGGAGAUGAACAAGAAGAUCUCGGAAUACACAGAGCAGAAGAUCAAGAUGGACUUUGAAGCUUUGAUCCCAAAUCCCAUGGUGCGUUUACAGAGUGGCAUAAUUGGGAAGGUUAUGAAUUGUGGCAGCAGCACAAGAAUCAACUUUUACGCCAUCGAUUUCGGCUGGGGAAGACCGGCAGCAAUUCGCCGUGGCCCUGCUUUUAUGCAUGAUUGGGACCUGGUGGCCGAUGCCGGAGCAGAAGAAGGUAGCUUUGACAUUGAGCUUUGCAUGUCCUAUGAAAUAUUAGAAACUAUGGGAAGAGACCCUGAGUUCAUGCAUGCGGUGUCGCCGCCGGAGCCGGUAAGGUUAUCCAAUAAACUAGCACGAGGUCGACUGUGAAAGGAGGAGAGAACUUGAUGUAACAUUUUGCAUAUCAUUCGUUAUCUUUGUACGCAAGUGUAUAUCGAGCAUCUAUGUUUUACGUAGUCGCAUUACAGUUUAUGAUAAGUUUGUCGUAUUUAUUAAUUAAUUUGUUCGUUUUCAUGUAUUGUAUUUCAUAUUGUGUGUGUGUGCAAGUUAAUAGCGUCAUCUUUAUGUAAUGGAAAACGACAUAAAAAUAUGAUAAAAUCCCUGACAU